AAUGAAUCGCAAUUCGUUUGAAACCAAACCGAAAGCACAAGUCCAAUGUAGAGUCUUAAAACUUUUAUUUAUUUGAGGGAGUAAACUCUGUACCAUUAGAACUGUUCAUGCACCUUUUACAUUAACAAACUAUUUACCUGGAUCAGACUCUAUCUUCCUUCAUAAAUUAGUUCAAGGCAAUAGAGUAUGAGUGAUUCUGAGACUUACUAAGUAAAAAGAUAAGAAAGCUCAUAUUUUUCUUUCUCUCAUUUUCCCCAUCCAGAUUUGCAGUCGAAGCUUACCAAACGAGAUAAAGAAGUUUCAUCCAUGUCUUCCCACAUCGAAGGACUUAGGGCUCAAGUAACCGGUAAUUCUUAAAAUAAAUCUUCUCAAAGCUGCUACUUGGGUUUUUUAUAUUCAAAUUACUCUUCAAUUGCCUCUUCCUAAAGUUAUUUAUUAUAUUUCCUCUUCAAUCACCUCUGUUCUCUCUAUUUUUAUUUUUUUCCCUCCUCUCUAUAUGCCUUAUUCUACUUGUUGUCCAUUCUGCUCCCUUGACAUUACAUGAUACCAACAUAGACUUACCCAACAAAUUACAUUACAGUCUGCACCCAGAGAAAUUACCGUGAAAACUUUACUUAAAAAAUAUGAAUAUAAAACCUGAGGUAGAUAUUGCCAUUUUUUGCACUAGUAACCAGAUGUUUAGAAAGAAAGUUUAUGAAACACUUAACAAGCUAAUUCAAGGCAGACAAUUUGGCCUUGCAUAGGGGCCUUGAGUAAAAUAAUAAAAAUAUAAUACAAUUUCACACCUAACUUGUAAUUAGAGAACAGUUUAAAGUAAAUAUAUGUGUUUAAAUAAAAAAAUUCAAAUAAUGGAUAUAAAGAAGCCUGUUUUAUUGAUUAUUUUAUAGAGAGUGUGUCUUCCCAGUGGUCUUUUGUAUGAGGUCAAAGAUUGAAAUCCAAAGGAGAUUCUGGAAGACAAUCAGGAUUAUUAUCUAUAGUUAUAAAUCAAAGUGAAUUUUCAUAUUUAAGGCCAAAAAAGCAGAACUGGAAGCAUAGGUGAUGUAGAGGAUUUUUUCCAGUUUAAAUAUUUUUACCUUGAAUUUGAAAUUUGACUUCUUACUUUAGUGGAUAAAAAAACCUUGUCAGUUUUACCGUUCUCCCCUUGUUCCAUUUUUACAAACAACUUUCUCUUACUAAUCUACAUGAUUUCUUUCUACAUGGUUUUUUCCUGCUGUAUUCUAUAAUCUAUCUUUCUUCUUACCUUUGUAAAUCCUUAUCUCUUUAAUGUCCUUGUUUCUUCUGCUUUCUUAGUGUCCUAAUCUCCACACUUCUCAAUAUCAUUAUCUUGCUACAUCCCGUGUAUAUUAAACAUGAUCUCUAUAAAUCCUAAUUGUUGUUUUGCAUCUUUUCUCUGUCCCCCUUUUCUUCUGUCUACAUUUUCUCUCAAUAUCGUCUGCUCAAUUCCCUAAUUCUGCAUCUCUUUUUCAGCUAUCAAACAUUCUUCAACUAUCCACAUUCAUGACAUCCUUUUUUGCUUCUCAAUAUCAUCAUCUGAUAAAGUACAUUAUUUAUGAUGAUGUUAUUCAUAAAGCUAAAUUGUUAUUUUCCCCAAAAUCUAACUGUUUAUAAACAACUGAGGUAACAGGAGACUCCUAAUAAUAUCACAUCUUUCCAUUAACUCUAACUUUUCCAAAGAAAUUAGCAAUUUCACUUGUUUGAAAAUUGCUGUUUAGGUUUUAAUUCUUAAUAAUAUCUUUUACCAUCUUGUAGACUAGAAAGCCGUAAACAAAGUUACAAUCUCCUUUUUAUAGCCCUGUGGGUGUUAGUUAUGUUUUUAUCAUCUUUUUUUUUUUAAUAACUCUAUGUGGAUAUUUGCAUGUUAUCCAUGUAAGUAGCUAAAUCAUUUACUUACCAUUCAACAAAGUACAUUAUCCUACAGUAUUAUUGUAAUGUAUAUAUAUAUUUUUAUUGGUAUUGGCAGCUCUAGAAAACAAAUGCCGGUCUGGAGACAAAAAAGUAGAUUCUUUAGUGAAGGACAAUAAAAAACUGGAAGCGGAGCUAGAAGCUUUCUCUAGAAAAUCUCAUGAUUCCUCUGGGCAGUUUGUCAUUAUCAGCCAAGAUUUACUGAAGAAAGAGCGGUAAGUAACACAGAUUAAUAAUAUAUGCUUCUAUAGUCCUUUUUAGGAAUCUUUCUGCAUUACCCUAACAGUUCCAGAAAGACCAGACUUUAAUGGCCAAGGGGUGCCCAUUUUUGUAAAACCAGUCUUAAGAUGUUUGACAGAAAAUGGGGUAUUAACACCCAAAUGUUAGAAGUGCCAUAACAACUUUGCAAUGCUGUUGGGGUUAUGGUUCUUAGUGUGCUCCCAUAACAUACAUUUCAUUUUGUCACUUUAAGCUUUUCAUUGCUAGGGAAGUCUAUGCUGGUAUUAAUAAUUUCAAUAGCAUCAAUUCUGGAAUCCAUCAAUAUGCAUUGUAUUUCCGAUUUUGUCUUUGCUCUUGUGCUGAGUGUUUCCUGGCAUUUCAGGAGUCUUAAUGAAUUGAGAGCACUGCUCCUGGAAGCCAAUCGACAUUCGCCUGGUCCAGAAAAAGACUUGAGCCGAGAGGUUCAUAAGGCAGACUGGAGAUCUAAAGAACAGAAAUUAAAAGAUGAAAUCAAAGUAUUAAGAGAAAAACUAAUGGUUUUGGUAAGCAAAAAAAUUAUUUUAAAUCAUGUUUGUGUUUAAAAUAGAAAAAAUAUGCACGUUUACUAUUUUUGUCCCCUUAAAAGCUCAGUUUUGCAGAUAAUUCACCUGAUCAAAAUCUUCACCUUUCCGGCUAAAAAAAAUGUUUCCUGAAACAUUUACACAUUUAAUUAAUUUAAUGUAAUAAUUAAAGUUUGCAUUUAUAUGAUAUAUUUACACAUACUUUCCUUCUGUCAUUGUAGGAUAAAGAAAAAGCUGUAUCAGAUCAAAGGCGAUAUUCAUUAAUAGACCCUUCCACUGAGUCAGAAGUUCUACGGUUACAGCAUCGUCUGGUCAGCACUGAAGAUGCCCUCCGUGUUGCUCUGGAUCAGGGUCAUCAAAUGGAAAAACUAAUGGAGGCCAUGAGAAACAGUACAGAGAGGUCACAGGUAUAUUCUGUGCAGGCAGCAUUCAUAAUUUCACAAAGUGUGUAGAAAAUACAUCCUCUCACUGACUUUGCAGUUAAACUUUUCAAGGUGGAUCAUUAAUGAUCUAAUGGUGGGCUAGAAUGCUAGUUCAUUUUAUUUUUAAACUUCAGUUUUCGCUAAGUAACAUUUAGAUACAAAGACUUUUCGGCUUUGAAAAUUUUUUUCACUUUAAAUGCACAAUAAGAAAAUUGAAAGAAUAUGUUUUUUUUAAAUGGCAACAGUUAAAAUGGCACAAAUUGUGCUAAUAAAUAAUUAGCAACCAUUGUAUAUCUUACUGAAACAUAAAAGUAACAGGGGGAGCAUUUUAAUAGAACAAGGGAUAAGGGCACUGUAGAGUUAGGAAUAUUGACAUGUAUUUCUAACGCUGUAGUGUUUCUUUAACUCUACAGAUUAUCCCCUAUGCUAAACAGCAGACACUAGAGGUGGGGUGGGUACCCAAGAUCCUGUCUAUUUUGUCUGACUGAGAAAUAUGGGAGUUAAAAGCUAAAGAUUCUUUUAUGUAUGUGUACUAACCUACAUUUACCCUUAAAAAGAACACAGGAAUUAGGUGGUAGUCUACCCAGUCAAACUAAGCUAUGGCAGGGUAUGCUCUAACCUAUAUCGUUCUUUCAAAUGGAACUUCUGUGAAUGUAAUGAUGCUCACAUUUUUAUCGGUACCAUUUUGAUCACCCAAUUUUAAGCGUGUACCAGGAGGGGAGCAAAUUGUCUUUGCAUUUAUUCUCCCAGGAACUCACUGCAUGAUAUAAUAAUAAAUCAAAAGCACAAAGUAAAGUAGCUACUACUCUAUACUAGCACAAAAAGCAUUUUUAAUGUAAUUGUUUCCAUGAAUUAUGCAGCUGUAUGUGCUCUUCUUUAUGGUUUUGUAUUUAGAGCUAAAUAAUUUAUUUUUAUUACCAAUAGUUUGCCCCGGGGCAUUAAUGGCAGCAGUUCUGCUUAGCUGCCUCUAUACAAUAAUGAUGGCACAAUUUCUGGAGUACUUUCCUCACAUGGUUUUCAGAUUCCCAUUGCUUGCUCAAAGCAAUUUAAUAGAUAUUGUGAUUUAGCUUCUUCUUUAUAGUGUAUAUGAAUAUUUAUUUUGUUUCAUAUUCUUGUGGAAUCCUGCCAUCUUUAGCCUUUUUGUGUCAGUGAGGGUGCAACAGUGGUUCAUUAUUUUGAUGGGCCUAUAAACUGUUAUUUGUUGUGAAAUGUUGCAAAGCCACAUUGUCAGUGCUGUAUUAUUUUCAUUCAUUUCUAGGUUUUAUUUUAUUUAAUAUAAUAUUCCAAGAAUCUUCACUGAGUUUAUUUUGUGACAACCCACAGUGAUACUCAUUGCAAAAGCUAAGCAAGCUAUGCUAUAUACAUAUGGUACAGUGCUGCAAAAUUUGUUAUACAUUGUAAUGGCAAUUUAAUACUUGGGUAGGAGUCCAAGGUCCUGGCAGUUUCAUUUUAGUCUGUAUAAUUUCUCAAACAUCUUACUUAGGUUUAUCUAUUGGAGGCACAAUUUUAACCUAAAUCAAAGCUUAGGCGUGCAAUGUACUGAUGUCCUCUCGAUGUAAAGAUUAAGCAGGCUAAGAUAUGAUUGUGUCGUGUGGGAAACCACCAUCUGGGCAUCCCAGGUCCUAAAUAUUUCAUGUUAUAUGGGAAAAUUCCAAAAAAGCCCCAUAAGGUUUAUUUAGACAGCAAUCCCUCAUGGAACAUUAUAUCAAUGUGAAAUGACCUGGUAUUGACAGGUUUAAACAAACUAAACAGUCUUGUGUGGUAGACUAUUGAUGAUGCUGUAUUGUUUAUUUGGAAGAGAGUCUCAAAAUCUUCUUGGGGAUUAUUUAUUCAAAGUACACAUUUAAGGUAAGCCAUCAUCUGCUGACACAUGACACUAAGCUUUUCUGUAACACCAUACCAGUGUGAAGUUACCAGGCCUUGCUAAAUUUCAGAAGCUGAACAGACUUGUCCCUGAAUAGGAUUUGUGUGGGAGACCACACCCGGGUCACAGGUGCUGUGUAUUUUAUUUGGAAGUGACUCCAAAAUCCUCUUUGGGUUUAUUCACUGGAGGCACAAUUAUAAGAAAAACCCUCAUAUACUGACAUAUUUACCUACAUAAACCUGUUUUUUGAGUUUUUUGUGUGUUUUAGCUAGAAAAGUAUCCCAAAAUCCUCUUUAGAAGCACACUGUUAAGUCAAAAUGCCAGCCCAAACUAAUGUUUUGAGCAAAUUUAGUAAGUUCAGUAGGUUAGAAUAUGGCAAAUACUUGCAUGGGAAACCAACUGCCCAUCCCAUGUCCACUUUGGUAUAAUUCUCCAAUAAUGUGAAGUGGGUUUAUUUGUUUUGAGGCACAGUUUCUCCUACUUCAGGCCAGGCCACAUUAGUAAUGGGAUUAUUUGGUAUAAUUCCAUUGCCCACACCCCUACCCGCCAAAGAAAAUCAAAUUAGGUUUAUUUAUUUGAUUAAAUGUGUAGGGAAAGCUGCUAAACCCUAAGGGUUCAUAGUGUUUAAAAUUUCAGCUAAACAGACUAGCCCCUAAUUAGGACUUGUGUAAUAGACUAAUCUGGGCUACCACAACCUUAGUGCAGCCUUAGGCUUGGCCUAAUCACUAAGAUUCGCGUACCUUGGACUUUAACUUAAACAAAAUACUUCAUAAAACAAAAAAGAUAAGGUGAAAAAACAAGAUCUGUCAACUUCAUCGACACACAGUUUUGUAAAAAUUAACAUCAGUUUUUCAUAAACACUGAGCUGCUAUCAGCCAAUAGGUCCAUGUAAACUUCAUAGCGGCAAUAGUGGCCGUAUCUUUGGCAUAUUAAGAAAGAGUCAGAUUCUUCAAUGGGUGAGAUUGUAAGCAUGGACACUAGCAUUUUUGCCAAAACCACUUGGUGGCAUUCUUGGAAUGCUGAAAUGAUAUGAAUUGCAGCCUAUGAAUUUAAAUAUUGUUAUCAUUAACAUAUAGAUUUUCAAAGUGGAAAAUAAUAAUGUUGGGUAGUUUAUUCAUUAGUGCAGGUAUGAAUAGUUAUUUUGUUGCUUAAAUUAGGAUAUUUAUCUUAUAACUUACAAUACUGCCAUAAUACAUGCAUAACAAUGUAUAAACAGUCUGGAGUAGCAGUACUUUGAGCUUCCGUAAUACUUUGUGCUUGUAUGUUUAUCUAGCCCUGUUUAUAUGGGUCUACAUAUUUAUGCACAAUUGUUGUUUAUCUUACCAGCUGGUGCCUUACAAAUAAUGACCUAGAUUUAAUAUUUUUGGACAAGUUUUUCAAAUGAUUUAAUAUUUUUUGUUAAACAUUUUAACUGAUUUAUUAUUUUUUUUUAAAUAUUUUAAGGUUGUUUUAUUUUGAUUAUUUGUUUAUAUAUUGCUAUAUUUUUAUAUAUGCUAUAAAUGACUUUUUCAAAACACUAAGAUUAUGAGUUUAUCCAAAAUUAUAAAAUAAUUUUAAAUGUUUAUUCAAAAAGAGAGGCCGGUGUGUUGUUUAUAUCUAUUUAAGGAUAUGGUGUUUUCUGAAGAUUACAACAUUCUAUGUUGGGGUCAGCAACAUACCAUAAAAUAUGAAUUUAUAAGCAUGUCAUGCUUCUAGUAUUGAAAAUUUGAAUGGAUUCCAAGUUAAAGUUUUUGUCUGUUGUGCUGGAUUACAAAUUAGUAUGCUAAUAUUGUGUACCAUACAGUGAUAAUAGCUCUAUUGUGUUUAACAUUCAUUUGAAUGUUAUUUCUCUGUAAUAGGUGACUGGUAACUCAGGUUCAGCCAAUGGGAUUCAUCAACAAGAUAUAACGCAUAAACAAGAGGUGAGUACAUAUCUAUUCUGCAAUAAGGAAAAGGAAAUAAGGUGUGUUUUACUAGAUUUACGGUUGGUCCAAGGGGGCUAAAUUGUUAGUUUAAUACUAUAGGGUCAGGUAUUCCUGACCCUAUAGUGUUCCUUUAAGAUUUCUGAUUUGUUCAUGUUUCAUUUGAAUUUGGAGUAUGCAUCCAAAAUAUUUGGUAAGGAGGUUCUAGGCUGCUCCAAGAAAAACAAAGUUCUGCAUAAGCCACUAUCUUGUAGAUCUGCUCCUUCCAUAAAAAAAAUCAUAAUCCCACCAUGUUAUGUAAUGACCUACAAGAAAGAGGGGUAAAGGGCAAUCGUGUCUCGUACCAUUAUGGAUGGAAACAGGCUGGCAAAGGGCCCCAUUAAUCCAUUCGUUCCAAAGUGGCUAUCAUAUAUUCCCAAUCCACAUAGUCAAAUUCCUUUUCAGCAUUUUGUAAGUGUUGCCAACUGUGUAGCAGAGAUUGGUAUCUAUUAAAACCUGGACUAUAGAACAUUUUGCAAUACAUACUGAUUAUACUCAGUUUCAAUUCAAAUAUAUAUCAAAAAAAUAUAUAUAAAGUGAAAGCUGCUCCUUUUUGUUAUAAUAACCAAAGUGGAUCAAGUGCAAACUAAAAUGCUAGUAAAUAGAUUUUCAUGAGCAUGACUGUCACUUUAACCUGUAUUUUUCUUUAUUUCAGGAAAAUCAUUGAUAUCCAUCAAGAGCACAGCAUAAUAUAUGUACUUUUGGCAUGUAUGGAUGGAAACCUUCUAGUGUGGCUGCCGUAACAGAAAGAGUUUAUAUAGUAUUUUGGUUUGAAAGACAGUGUUGAUCAUGUAAUACUAGAUAUUCCGAGGACAAUCAUUUGGAGUGCACUACUCAUGACUCUAAACUCAUGAGGUACCAAGCAAUGAAACAUUGGACAAAACAUCAUGCAUUUUCCUAUUCUAGAAUUAAUCUUGCAUUAACCUUGACAUGCUGGACCAAGUCACUCUACCCAUACGUAUUGUAUAAUCCGGACAUGAUCUCAUUACAAACAUCUCAAAAUGACCCAGUUAUUCUACCUGUUAUCUAGCCUUCUAACAUUUUGAAGGCUGAAUGCAUUCAAUCAUUUUUUGUAGCUGAAAUGCAGGAAAAAAAAAUAAAAAACAAUGACCAGUAAAAAGCCUGCUCAAAAGGAUGAAUGUACACAAAAAGUAAAACUACCAGGUUAAAUUUAAAAAGUGCAGGAGAAUAUGUAAUAAGAGGUGUUGUCCUCUUACACUUUAAGAUAUUUCAUAAAUGGAACUGCAUUACAAAUCAAGGGCCAUAAUUCAUUCUGAAAAAAUACCUUCUGCCAUUGCAAAGCAACAUUUAAUUAUAGGAACGGUACACGUGCGUCUUUAUUUUAUUGUAAAUUACUUAUAUUAUUGUUAUAAUGUCAGUUGUUCAAACUAUAAGCUAAACAAUGUUCUCUUUUUUUUUUUUUUUGUACGUUACAAGAUAAAGUAAAUUUUAUUAUUUUGCAAAUAAGCAAAUAUGGUCAGUUAUCUCAGUGAUGCCUAACACCUAGUUCUUGUAUAAUUGUUUUUUUUUCUAAACACUGCAAAACAUUCUUCGCAUUAAUCACUGAGUUUUUAUGUAGCCCAAACAGUUGAUGUAUGUCUUUGCUGUUCAAUAUGAUUCUUCUUUUUUUACACGUGGCUUACAGAUAAGGGUAUUUCAUUUUAAAAACUCUAAACACUUUCGAUUUUAAACACAAACAUAUAAUCUUUGCUUUUUUAUUGUUGUUAUUUUUUCUAGUGUAAAGCAUUAUUUAUCUAAUUUAACUUAACGCAUCAUUAUAUUUUAGGGUUGGAGCUGGAUUCUCUUAGGUGCUUCAAAAGUAAAAUAAAACUAAUUAUUUUUAAUAAAAAUAAGAAUGUAACUUGUCUUUUGGAGAAGCAGGAUUAUAAAGUACAGUAAAUUCAUACUAUAGUUUACAUACUAUAGCUUACACGAGAGCAAUUGCUGUAUUUGAAUUCCAUAAGGACUAAACAGAUUAAUUGGGAUUCCAAGUAAGAGAUGGAAUAACUAGUUGCAUCAAAUAAUUUUAAUUUGACAUUAAAAUGUUUCUUGGCAGACCUCUAUAAACUGUGGGCUAGAUAUUUGUAUUUGUCUAGAACAGAAUUGGACCUGUCUACAGAAUUCCAGAAUUUGAAUGUGUUAGUCCCACAGCAAUGGCUAAUUAUUUGGGCAAGUCAUCCCGUAGAGCUGUGACAGGCAAUCUUUAUAUUGCUAAUCUGUGAUACUGCUUUCUCCAAAGAAAUAGGUGUUGCAUAUUCUUUGUUGUAAAAUAAUACUUAUUUAGGCAAAUUAUCAUUUAAUUGCAGUGCAGUUAAUCAUAUGCUAAUUACCCAAUAAAACUUGAACUGACUGCACGUUAGGGAAUACAGGUUAUUGUAUCUAAACCACAAAAUGGAUCAAGUAGCAUAAAGACAAAUAUACAGCAUAUGUUUGAAAUAUUUUGGACCACACAAAAAGGAACAGACAUUAUCUGAAUUGCUUAUAUAUAAUUUGCUUCCACUGGUUUUACCUUACUCAGAAGGUCACACCAAAGUGUUCUUUAGUUCUGGUUACUAUUACGUAUGAAUUAUUUGAAAAGACAAAAUGAUAUUUUAUAUCAAUGUGAUGUUAAGAGAGUCAAGUCCAUUUUGCAUUAAUAUGUUAAAAUGCUAUAAGAAAAGGUCAGUGAGGGAUCUGGUGUGUGGAAAAAUAAAAAAAAAAGAAGUUCUUGAACAACGCAAAUCAAUUAUACUGCAUCAUGUUGAUACAUAUCCAACCAUAUUAUUAAAAUCCUUUUCGUAAAAA